GAACAAUCAUUAAUUUGCAAACUUUCUUGAUUUGAUGUCGAGCACGUCUCUUUCAGGCUUGUUAGUUUUAAACAGAUUCGAUAUUAUCUUCAGCAAAAUUUCCAAUGGAGGUAGGAUUGGCGUUACCGGACGAAUUUGAGAACUUUAUCGCAAAAUUUUACAUCCCUACCUACAUCCUCGUUCCUGACGGGAGGGCAGAGCGCUUGCCCGACGUGCCUGAAAACCCCGUGUUAGUAUUCAUCAACUCCAAAAGUGGUGGUCAAUUAGGUGCUCAACUUCUCCUCACAUAUCGCUCCCUACUCAAUAAAAACCAGGUUUUUGAAUUGGGAGAAGAAGCUCCUGAUAAAGUGCUGCAUAGGAUUUUCCUCAAUCUGGAGAGGCUCAAGCAAAAUGGUGAUCAAUUUGCUCCUAAACUUGAGAAGAGGUUGAGGAUAAUUGUUGCCGGAGGAGAUGGCACAGCCGCCUGGCUUUUCGGGGUGGUUUCCGAUCUAAAACUGUCUCAGCCACCUCCCAUCGCCACUGUACCUCUUGGAACCGGAAACAAUCUUCCCUUCGCUUUCGGUUGGGGAAAGAGGAAUCCCGAAACAGACCGUGAUUCGGUACUCGCAUUCUUUGAUCAAGUGAGGAAAGCAAGAGAAAUGGCAAUGGACAGUUGGCACAUAAUGCUGCGGAUGAAGACACAACAAGAGCACGAAUGCGAGCCCAUCACACCUCUUGAGCUGCCCCACUCGUUGCACGCGAUCCAGCGCGUGCUCCCAACAGACGACCUCAAUCUAGAAGGCGGCGACACAUUCCAAGGAGGGUUUUGGAACUAUUUCAGCAUGGGAAUGGAUGCGCAAGUCUCUUAUGCGUUUCACUCGGAGCGCAAACUCAACCCAGACAAGUUCAAGAACCAGCUGGUUAAUCAGAGCACAUAUGCAAAGCUCGGGUGCACGCAAGGGUGGUUUUGUGCUCCUCUAAUUCACCCAUCCUCGAGGAAUAUUGGUCAGAUCUGCAGAGCUAAGAUCAUGAGAAAGCACGGCGAGUGGAUAGACCUCCCGAUUCCUACAAGCAUCCGUUCUAUUGUGUGCCUUAAUCUACCAAGCUUCUCUGGAGGACUGAACCCGUGGGGGAUUCCUAACCCAAGAAGGCGACGUGAUAGGGAGUUCACUUCGCCUUAUGUGGACGACGGGUUACUCGAGAUAGUAGGGUUCAAAGAUGCUUGGCAUGGGUUAGUUUUACUCGCCCCGAAUGGACAUGGGACACGCCUUGCACAGACAAACCGUAUAAGAUUUGAGUUCCAAAGAGGAGAAGCUGGAGAUACUUACAUGAGGAUUGAUGGGGAGCCAUGGAGACAACCUCUUCCUGUUGACGAAGACGACAUAGUCGUAGUGGAGAUCUCUCAUCUUGGCCACGUCAAGAUGCUUGCCACAAAUGAAUGUAAAUCCAAAAGUAUUCUUGAUCCUUCAUCCCUCCCUUCGUCUCCGAUGGCACAUGACGAUGACAAGGACAGCGAUAAGGAAGAGGAGGCCAGUGGAGACGAGCUGAGGAAAUUUGGGGCUGCAGACACCUUCAGGAUUCCAGAUGAUGUUGACAUAUCUCACGUCAGUUAACUCUUUA